AUGCCGGGUAUUCUCCCCAUCAAUGACCUGCCUAGACUAGUCUCGGCCGCGUUCUCACGCGCCCUUGGCCAGAAGGAGCUCACGUUCUACUCCACUGAGGUGGCUGUCCUGACCCUUGGCGGGGUCCCUUUUCAACUGCGCUUCGCUCCUGGUCUCUCACGCAAGCCUGAGCCCGGUGCCGCUCCCGCUGAUCCCCAGCCACCGGCCCAGGCUCGCAUGCUUGCUUUCGACCCCUUCAAAAAUCCUCCCGAAGCCCUCCGUAUCGCGGACCUCGGCCCUUCCCAUUGCCUUGUCCUGAACAAGUUCGCCAUUGCAGCUGAGCACUUCAUCCUUGCCACCAACGAGUUCAAGGAUCAGGACCAUUUACUCGAGAGGGAUGACUUUGCGGCCGUUCGUGCUUGCAUUGAUGGAUAUGACAACGCUGACGGCGGUGACGGCCUUUUUACUUUCUUUAACAGUGGCGAGUUCUCCGGUGCCAGUCAGGCCCAUCGUCACAUACAAAUGAUACCCAUCUCGCGUAUGAAGGAUGGUCUGGGACCAGGCUCACCUUGGUCUGUCAUUGCCGACAAGCUCACUGUCAAGGACAAACAAUUUGGGACCAUCGUGGCCAAACUCCCCUUCACAGCCAUCGCCCGCAAUAUCUCCGGCAUGGAUGCUGACCAGCUGCACUCCACCUACCUUAACAUGUACCAGAAGGGCUGCAUGGUCGAAGCUACCAUCACACGCCAUCCCAAGCAUGAUAACGAACCCUCCCUAAAGGGACCGUCUCGCAUCAGCUAUAACCUCGCCAUGACCAAGGACACCAUGGUUCUUCUGCCCCGUCUAUCCGACAAGAUUCACCUCCAAGACGCCGAGGGCAAGCCUUUCGGGAUCAAGCUUUCUGUCAAUGGUACCAUCCUGGCUGGCACCGUCCUGGUGAAGGAGGAGCGGGACUACCAGAUCAUCCAGAAGUUUCCUGGCGCUCUCAAGCGCGGUCUUGAGCGUAUUGGUGUUCCGGCUUACCUCUACCCUGGCCCCCUGUCCCUUUAG